CCAUUUCCUUCAUUCAAUGAUUUUCCACUCACUCAUAAUCAUAUUAAAAAUAAUCAAAUCAAGGCGAAAAACAAAACAAAAUCGCUUGUUCGACCGACGUUGUCUUGAUCUUACUAAUUUUAAAAACAAAAUAUUAAAAAUAUGUACCUAUCCUAAAUUUAUUUUUUGGAAAUAAUUUUUUUAUGUAACCGAUAUCCGUAUAGGGCUUUUGAAUCCAAAUUUUUUGUGUAUACCUACGCAAGGGUAAGUAAUUCAAAUGGACGCUUCUACCGCGGAACAUAGUGAUUCAGACUCUGGGGAGAGUUGGACAUUGUUAGAAGCUUCUCCAACGUACACUGAUGAGGACUCGAAACCGAAUGAAAAUGCACCAGAUGUCGUACCAGCUUCAGGUGAUGCUACAGAUUCGAACUGCGAAAAAGAUGACGACACCGAUGGUAUAUCGAUAAUUAGCGACAGCGAACCGGAAUCGCCGUUCCCUUGCGAAGUGAGCUCACACAGGUGUCUGCUCGAGGAAGACCGUCCAGAACAAGAGAAUAGCCAGUUCAUUCCCACAAGUCAUUUAUCCACAACUCCUAAUAACAUAGAUCAGCAAUCUAUGAGAAAUGAGGACGAUUUUCUGGGAGACAGCAGUGGCAAACAUAGAACUUAUGUACACAGAAGAAAUAAGAGGCUGAGUAUGGUACUAAACAUAAUUGUUUUGGGCAGUGUUAUCACAGCUGCUGGGGUAGCCAUCGGUCACAUGUGGGGUGCCAAAAAUGAAUGCAAUUUCCAAGCUGCUCCCUCAGUUAACAAAAUAUUGUCCAACCUUUACAAGUUACAAGAAGAAAAUGCUUACUUACGUAGCAAAUUGAAAGAAUUGACAUUGUUAAACAAUAUACAAAUGCAACAGAGAAAAACAGGCUUGGAUAAAUUGCACUCCAAACAGAACAAGUGCAAGAAAGUAUUUGAAGCAUCAUUGAAUAAUAAAAAUGUUGAUAAGUAUACAAAAUGUGUAGAACAUGAUGAUAAUAACCAAAAUUCCCAUUUGGUACAGCCUGAAUAUGAAAGAGAAUUUCUGGCUGAUGUGAACAGAUUGGCUCUAGUGUAUGAACAAAACAAGAGUUGGCUGGAUGAGGAAAUAACUAAACGCUUGAAACAUGAAAAACAAUUGAACAGUAAAAAUAAGCAUGUAAAAGAAAAAGUUGAGAAAGUUUUAAGAGACAAUUUGGAAAUUCCCCUAGAAACAAUUACAGAACUGCCUUAUAUUGAGACAAAUGCAUCAGAACUCCCAGUAACUGACAAUACAAAUGUUCUCGGCAAGCCAGAUGUUAUUGAACUUUCCCCGGCAACAAAGGUCAGUUAUGCUGACUCACUCCAAUCUAAUAAUAAACACAAAAAAACUGAGAAACAUAAUGUAAGCAAAUAUGAUGAAAAAGAAUUCAAAGAAAGAGUUCAAAAGCGUAAAGUAAAAAGAAGUAUUGAAACAGUUUCUGAGCAAAAUCUAAGUGAGGAAGAAAUAAAAAAGGAUGAUAGAUACACUGGGCACAAAAACAGACAAGAAAAAAAGAAAAAUGAUCGCCAAAAGUCACAUAAAAAGCAGAAAAGGAGAAAUAAAUAUGAGCAGUGGGAAAUGAAGGGCGGAUAUAUGAAAGAUUAUGAUGACUUUUCAGUAACUUCACAGGAUCCAGAGAUAGUAUAUAUUAACAUUGAUAAAAAUAGGGUAAAUGAAAAUACAGAAAGUGAUAAUAUUUCUAAAUUAUCCAGGAAUCCAGAAAACAAAAAGUCCGGAGUCGUCGAUAUUGGUACCGAAAAGGUACCUGAGAAACAUAUUAAAGGCGCCAACUGGUACGAUAACAGGGCGGUAAUUCGAAUGGAAGCGAGGAAGAAAUUACAAACUGAGUUGUUUGGUGAAGUGAGUCCGAACACUGCAGGCUGGUAUUUCCGGCGCAUGCGCCGUCGCGAACAAUGCCGUGCGAAAAAUGAAAAUUCGACACAUAGAAAAUUUCCUAAACGCAACUUGAACUUUAAAACAAAACAUUAACACAGAUAAACCUUAAUAUCUUUGAAAAGAUUUGGUUGCACUUCAGGACAUGGAUGUUUACAACUUGAGAAUGGUAGUUGUAUGCUUAGUGAUAUCAAUGUUGAUUGAGUAGUAAGCGUUAUUUAACGAAAAUAUUGAAUGCAGAAAUACAAGAAGAAUGGAAUCACUAAUCUGGCACUCUACUUACUUAUCUACUUUUUCAUCAGUUAUAAACGAGCAUUUGAAUUACAAGCAUCUGUAAACAAUGCAUUCUCCUUAAUUUUUAUUAGUUUGACUUUAUACCAGUGAUUGGUAUAAUGUAUUUGCAUUUUGAUAUUAGAGUAUUUUAAUAGCGUUUUAUCAUAUCACGGUAGAGAUCGCAGUUGAUGGCAUUUGAAAGUGGGAAAUUUUUAAAUGUUUAAAAGUAGGGUGGUUUUGAGAAUAGGUAUGUACGUUUUAGAUGAAGGCAGAGGCAACACAGCUAAUGUACACUAACUCGUGACAUAGAAAAUAGGUAUUUAUAUAUUCCGUCUAAUAGUAUAUUCUUAUAGGUUUGAUGUUCUACUUAUAGAUAAUUUACGAAUAUUUCUUUAGAUAUUAAAUAACUUGUGACAUUAAAAAUUUACGGUAAUGUCUUAUUACUAUGGUACUAUUCCCAGUGUAAGGUUGAAUUCCAGUAUUUUACAACAUACGAGAAAAAGGUAUGUAGGUAUAUGAUAAAUACUCGUAUGCCACUGCAUAAUUAAACUUGUUGAGAGAAUGCUAUACAAAUUAUUUUUGGAUUUUUAUGUAUCUCCUGCGGCUUUAAAAAUGUUAUUGUAUGAUAAUUGUUCAAAAGAUUUGCCUUGCAUCUCAUUAACUCAUAGAUACAUCACGUUAUAUUAAAGCAGUUUUCCAAAUUACAAUAAAAGUGAACUUGAAAA